AUAAUUAAUUCUGGAAAAAUCGUUCCACGCAAGGGAGUAUAUAGAUCCAAAGAGUGUCAUCAUUUUUCAACGUGACAUGACCAGAAGUUAACAAGCAAUCAUUGUUUUAGUUUUUACUUCCUUCCUUCUUCACUCAAAGGAGGUUUGCAUUCCCUAUUGGACUGCACUUCUGCUCACCCCAAAGUUUCUUCUUCUACUUUUAAGUUAAUUGUCAAACAUCACCUACUCGAAAGAAGAUGACAGUCACACCUAACAUCUCCAUCAAUGAUGGCAACCUCAUUGUACAUGGCAAGACCAUACUGAAGGGUGUGCCUGACAACAUUAUCUUGUCUCCUGGAUCUGGGGUGGGGCUUGUUACUGGUGCAUUUAUUGGAGCAACAGCUUCAGAGAGCAAAUGCUUGCAUGUUCUCCCUGUUGGGGUCUUAGAGGAUACUCGGUUCAUGUGUUUAUUCCGUUUCAAGCUGUGGUGGAUGACUCAGAGAAUGGGGACAUGUGGAAAUGAUAUUCCUUUGGAGACCCAGUUCAUGCUUGUGGAGAGCAAAGACACCACCGAGGGUGAGCAUGACCAUGACCCAACUAUUUACACGGUCUUCCUCCCUCUACUUGAGGGACAGUUUCGUGCUGUUCUUCAAGGCAAUGAGAAGAACGAAAUGGAGAUUUGCCUUGAAAGUGGAGAUAAUGCUGUUAAAACCAACCAAGGGCUUCAUCUUGUCUACAUGAAUGCUGGGACCAAUCCCUUUGAAGUCAUUAAACAGGCUGUGAAAUCUGUUGAGCAACACUUGCAAACUUUCCAUCACAGAGAGAAAAAGAAGUUGCCCUCAAUUAUUGAUUGGUUUGGGUGGUGCACAUGGGAUGCCUUUUACACUGAUGUCACAGCAGAGGGUGUCGAGGAUGGCCUCAACAGCUUAUCCAAGGGUGGUGUUCGCCCACGUUUCCUGAUCAUUGAUGAUGGUUGGCAACAGAUUGGUGAUGAAGCAUCCAAGGACACUAAUUGUGUAGUACAAGAAGGAGCACAGUUUGCCAACAGGCUAACAGGAAUUAAAGAAAACAAGAAGUUCCAAACAAAAGGCCUGAAGCAUGUAGUGGAGGAAGCCAAGAAACAACAUAAUAUCAAGUAUGUGUACACAUGGCAUGCCCUAGCGGGUUACUGGGGUGGAGUACACCCUGCUGGUCCUGGGCUCGAGCACUAUGACACUGCAUUGGCGUAUCCCGUUCAGUCCCCUGGUGUGAUGGGAAACCAACCUGACAUUGUUAUGGACAGUCUUGCAGUUCAUGGCUUAGGUUUAGUGCACCCAAAAAAGGUCUUCAACUUUUAUAAUGAACUACAUGCCUAUCUGGCAUCUUGUGGGGUUGAUGGAGUCAAGGUUGAUGUCCAGAACAUACUUGAAACACUUGGAGCUGGCCAUGGUGGUAGAGUUUCCAUCACGAGAAGCUAUGUCCAGGCCCUUGAAGCAUCCAUUGCUCAAAACUUUCCUGACAAUGGCUGCAUUGCCUGCAUGAAUCACAACACUGAUGGGCUCUACAGUUCUAAGCAAACUGCUCUAGUUAGAGCUUCUGAUGAUUAUUAUCCUCGUGAUCCAGCUUCUCAUACCAUCCAUAUAUCUUCUGUUUGCUACAACUCGUUGUUCUUGGGAGAAUUCAUGCAACCAGACUGGGACAUGUUCCACAGUCUUCACCCAACUGCUGAAUAUCAUGCUGCAGCUAGAGCAGUUGGAGGAUCACCAAUUUAUGUGAGUGACAAACCCGGAAAUCACAACUUCGAGCUUCUGAAGAAGCUUAUCCUUCCUGAUGGAUCAGUACUUCGCACUCAGUUGCCUGGCCGACCUACUCAUGAUUGCCUAUUUGUUGAUCCAGCAAGAGACGGGACAAGCUUACUUAAAAUAUGGAACGUGAACAUAUGCACUGGAGUGGUUGGUGUAUUUAACUGCCAAGGGGCUGGCUGGUGCAAGGUCAUAAAGAAGACACGUAUCCAUGAUGCAUCCCCCGGCACACUUACAACUUCUGUCCAAGCAACUGAUGUUGACAACAUUGCUCAACUCGCUGGCAUUGAUUGGAAUGGGGAAUCUGUAGCCUAUUGCUUUAGAUCAGGGAAAGUGGUUGUCCUACCGAGAGGUGCUUCACUGCCUGUAACACUUAAAGUUCUUGAAUAUGAAGUAUUCCACUUUUCUCCUGUCAAGGAAGUUGUGACAAACAUCUCUUUUGCUCCAAUUGGGCUGAUGGAUAUGAUCAACAGUGGUGGUGCCAUAGAUCAAUAUGAAGUCCAUCAAGCUUUUGAGAAGAAACCCCAACAUUCUGAUGAUAGAAGCCAAUCUCCUACUGCAACAGUCUCACUGAAGGUCAGGGGAUGUGGCCGUUUUGGCGUUUACAUUUCCCAAAUACCCCUGAAAUGUUCAGUAGAUGGUGCAGACACCGUCUAUAACUACAACAAAGAAUCUGGACUGCUGACUAUGAAUAUCCCAGUUCCACAAGAAGAGAUGUACAAAUGGAAUAUCGAAAUUCAGGUCUAAGUAGAGAAUUAAUUGUUAGACAGGAGAAUCUAUUGUAAGUGGCUCAAAGCUUUGUACGGUGUAGGAUCCAGAAUGAGUCGUGGGAUUGAGUCUCCUCAUCAAAAUUCUAGUCUCUGUAAUAACGCUAUCUAGAUAGUGUGCACUGUUGAAUACAUAUGGUGUUUUCGACGGUGUCCAUUUAUAUAUAUA